GAAUAAAAAAUGUCUCACGAGAAUUUGUGUAUAAAAAAUGUCUCAGAAGAAUUUGUGUAUAAAAAAUGUCAGAACCUUCAACCUUCUCCCUCGCCACGCUCUCGUUCUUUCACCUCUUUUGAAAUUAUAUGUUUUCUCUCAUCGGAUCUGUCAACCCAAGGGUAUGCUGCUAGCAAACUAAAAUGAAGAUUGGAUUAUUUUGUACGUGCUAAGGGCAAAUGUUGGAUUAUUAGAAAAUAAUCAAAAGGUUGGCUUAUUUACAGUGGAUGAGCAAAAGAAACCAAAACUCAGAUCUAACAUUACAAGUAUUCAUUAUCCCUCUGAAACCUUCCUUUCCUAUCAAUGAUUUCAAUCCAAAUGUUCGUUGAUUUCGUGAAGUUCAAGCAGCAGCCCAAUAUUUUGGCUCAUUCCCAUUCAAGCAGCAACUUUUGAUUUCCUUUUUACACACCUUUCGAUCCGUCCAGCCUCUGGAUUCUUGUUCAUCAAUGGUAUCAGUCCAUGAUUUUCGCUGCUGCAAACUGAGUUGGAUACGACUACAUCGAUGAGCCUUCUAGUCAACUGUAGAGAUUUGGUCUUGAAUCUUGAAGCGACAUUGUCGGAGAACAUGGAAAAUAUGUUGUAUGCUGAGGAGCUAGUGAGGGAGUUUUUAGUAUUCAGAGGUUUCACAAGUACUCUACAAGCUUUUGAGAUGGAACUAAAUACAGAUGUUGGGAAAGGUUUUCAAGUGGACAAGAUAUUAGACUUGAUUUUCUCAAAAUAUGUAUCUAACUUUGAGGCUGAGAAAUUAGUUGGCCUCCUCAAUUUCUUUAAGCAUUGUUUUUCUUCUUCGGGGACAGAUAUUUAUGCAACAUUGUUGAAACUGGAGGUCUCCAUUCUCCGCUAUUAUAUAGUACAUGCAGUGCGGACAGGAAGAAAUGAUAAAGUCAAAGAUUUUUUUGAUUUGUUGGGUGAUAACUUGCAGCAAAAAGGCGAUGAUUGGACUCCAUGGUUUGCUAUACCAUAUCUUAAACAUGCUGCCACUGAUCCUCAGUUUCACAUAUAUUUCUCAAAGGAUUGGUUUGAUGCAUUGCAUCUUUCGCUAAGGAAUUUUCUAAGCCAGAUGUUUAGUAGUACUCGCAUGCCUACUUUAUUAAAGAUCAGUUCCGAAAAGAAUACUAUCAACCGUCUCAGAAAAGACAUUAAGCAGCUUAAUCUGAAAUUAUCACAGCUUCAAGCCAUUCUGGAAGAAAGGGAAGCUCAGUUACAUCAGCUUAGGAGUGGUGCUGUUUUAAUGAAACAAGAAGAUGAUGCAACAAUAAGUGCUCAGGUGGGUUCUGAAAAGUCAAUUCCAUCAAUAGAUUUGGGAGAAAAUACGGCCGCUGCAAGUGGAAGUGAGCUUAUAACUGGAUUCCAAAGCCUUGGUGUAGAUGGAAGUUCAGAUGUGUCCAUUAUGACAUCCUAUAAUGCCGAUCAUGCCCCAAGUUCUUCGUCAGCCAGCAAUGGUCAGAAUGGAUCCUUUGUUUCCAAAUAUGGUUUAUAUAAAGAAAAGGUGGCUGUUGUCUUAGGCGAGGAAGAAUUUUCAGAAGUAAAAGUGCAGUUCCAGGAAACGUUUCUGGGGCACACUAGUCCUAUCACUAGGUCUCGCUUUUCUGCAUCCGGGGAUAAUAUUGCAAGUGCUUCUCUAGAUGGAACAGUCAGGAUAUGGACGUAUGAACCGUCCACAGCGGGAUCUAGAAAUGCCACUAUUUAUUGUGGAACAGAAAUUUUGUCUCUUGAUUGGGAUUGUAAAUCUGAUCGCUUGCUUCUCAUAGGCACUGCUGAGGGAGGCAUCAAAGCGUGGAAUGUGGAUGCUAAGAGAGUAGUUUGUGAUCUCAGCACAGGCCAAACAUUUCGAAGGGUUUUUGAUGUAAAAUGCAGCCCUGUGGAACCCAUUUUUGUUUCUGCAGCGGCAUCUGAAGGGGAUGAAACAUCUUAUGCUAACACUAUGGGUUUUGCUUCACUAACCGUUUGGAACAUGAAGACAUGGAAAUCUGUGACUGUCCUUCCGCUUGGCGAAGAGCCCCCAGCAAUAACUUCUAUGUGCUUCAAUCACAAUGGAAAGAUUUUAGCGGCUGCUGCUGUUGAUGGGAUGAUUCACAUGUUUGACAUGGCUGCUGGUUUACAAAUUACGGGAUGGCCGGCUCAUGAUUCUCCUAUUAGCUCUCUUCUUUUUGGGCAUGAUGAGACGACUAUUUUUACUUUGGGAUCAGAUGGAAAAGUAUUUGAAUGGAGCUUGCAUAAGCAAGGUCAAGUAGUCUGGUCAGCAGAUUGCAGCAGGUUCUGGAAUCCUGAUUCAGCAAAGCACUGCCGUCAUGAGAUGGCUCUUGAUUGUACUGGGAAGAGACUGCUGGUGACCUCUGAUUUAGUACGAUCACCUAUGUUUCAGGUCGGAAGUCUUGCCAAUGGAUCAAAAAGUCUGCCACAUAGUGCUGCAGUGACAACUGUGGAUUGGCAUCCAACUCUGCCUAUCUAUCUUACUGGAUCUGCUGAUAAUUCUGUUCGUGUCACAUCCAUUUUGUAAGGAAUUAUUCGCACAUCAGCUGUACAUUACUGGUUUAUCAGUUUUUUAUAACAAUUAAGGAAGGUUAUAGUUUAGCAUUUCUAUCUUUUGGCUUGUUUCUGGGUCCAAGUGUCUUAAAUCUUUUAGUAUAAUGCUAGUUUGAUUCUGCUUUGAUGUUGGCACUCGUGUCCUUCUUUUAGUAUCAUGAGAAUAUGAGCUUCUUAUUUGAGGUCGUCUCACCGAGAGACGAUCUCAUAAAAGUAAGCUUAUUUCUUGAACAUUCUGAUGGUUGUCGAGUAUUGUUUUGUAAAUGGUUGACAGAUUAGCUGUCAAUUAGGUUGUUGCUGGGUUGGAGUUUGAACGAUGAAAUUUUCACCAACCAAAAAGUUGAAGUUAUUUUGCUAGAAAUUUAGUAUUACGUUAUAUACCACUAAUUACAAGUACAAGUUUUGUUGACUAAAACAAAUACGAAGGAGACAAGGAGUGAAGGACCAUGCUUAUUAUUCUACUACACAAGUCAUUAUUUCUAUUCCCACCAAAGACUUUGUGGAUAGGUUUGGUUGACGUGUGGAAAACAAAAGGUGUGGUAAUUUCCACUUCAUUGCCAAAAAUUCCAUUGAAGAAUUUUUUUUAUUAAAAUGUUUAUUUUAUUCCAUCUUUCCAUUUUACCCCAUAAUUAUAAUUAUAUACCACUAAUUACAAGUUUUUUCGACUAAAACAAAUUCAAAGGAGUGAAGGAUCUUGCUUAUUCUACUACACAAGUCAUUAUUUUAUUCCAUCUUUCCAUUUUACCCCUUAAUUAUAAUUCAUCAUCAUCCAAUCCAGUAUAACCCGCUCAUAGAAAAACUAUGGACAUGGUCUGAAAAGGGAAGGACGACGGCAACUCAUACCCGUAGAAGGGAGUGUGGCCAAAGGAGUCCCCCGGCUCGAGAAAGAUACGAUGACGUAGCUACAUGAGAAAAAAGACCUAUAAGAGAAAAAAGUAGACCCACCUACAAAAAAAGGGGACAAGAAAACUAAUAAACAAAACGAGAGGAGCGGGAUGGCAAGAACUUACGAGGACAUCAACAAUCUAAAGCAUGGAUAUGACGCCUCUAACUACCCCUAUCCCUAGUCAGGCCCUCGGAGAGGUUUAGCUCCCGUAAGUCAAUUUUUAUCUGCUCAUUCCAAGUUCUCCUGGGUCUUCCUCGACUCAGUGCCGCUCCUGCUACAAGAGCUGGCUUCUUUAACCCGCACACGAACGAAGAAACAAAAAGCGGCUGAGGUUAGCAGCUAGCUGAGGUGCGUCAGUUGCCCUGCUCAGUUGCCCUGGUCGGCAGGCCGCUGCCUUCUGCGAUGGCCGGAAAAGCUGUAUAAAGGAGAGGGAUGGUGCUAGGGAUUUAGCCGUUGGGAACAGUCACCUUAAAAAUACCAAAAUUCUGAUUUUUUUUUUUGAUUUUUUUUUUUGGUGAUAAACCUUAAUAUUUUGUUUCUUUCAAAAAAAGCUAGAAAAAUUAAAAACUGAAAAAAAAAAAAAAACUAAAACAAAUACAAAGGAA